AUGGCCGCCUCUACCCGUAUUCCUCCUAUCGCCCAGCCCUUUGUCAGCGACCGGGCCAAGAAGACUCUCGACCUGGUCGAGCAAUUCGUCGAGAAUGACUGCAUCCCCGCAGAAGCGGUCUUCCAGGCCCAGCUGGGCGAGGGCGAGAAGCGCUGGACGACCACCCCCGCCGUGCUGGAGGAACUGAAGGCCAAGGCUAAGAAGCUGGGUCUGUGGAAUAUGUUCCUGCCCAAGAACCACUUCUCCCAGGGUGCGGGCUUCAGUAACCUCGAGUACGGCCUGAUGGCUGAAAUGCUGGGCAAGAGCAAGAUUGCUUCUGAGGCUACUAAUAACGCUGCCCCGGAUACUGGUAACAUGGAGGUGUUUGCCAAAUACGGCAAUGAUGCCCAGAAGCAGCAGUGGCUAGCUCCCCUGCUGGACGGCAAGAUUCGCUCGGCCUUCCUGAUGACGGAGCCCGACAUUGCUUCAAGCGAUGCGACGAACAUCCAGUUGGAUAUUCGUCGAGAAGGCAAUGAAUAUGUCCUCAAUGGCUCGAAAUGGUGGUCCUCCGGCGCCGGUGACCCCCGCUGCAAGAUCUACCUCGUCAUGGGCAAGACGGACUCCAAGAACCCCGAUCCCUACAAGCAGCAGUCGGUAGUGCUAGUCCCCGCCGGCACGCCGGGAGUGACGGUACACCGGAUGCUGACGGUGUACGGGUACGACGACGCGCCGCACGGCCACGGACACAUCACGUUCAAGAACGUGCGCGUGCCCUUGGGCAACAUGGUGCUGGGCGAGGGCCGCGGGUUCGAAAUUAUCCAGGGCCGACUUGGCCCCGGACGCAUCCACCAUGCGAUGCGGACGAUCGGUGCCGCGGAGAAGGCGGUCGAGUGGCUGAUCACGCGGGUGAACGACGAGCGCAAGAAGCCCUUUGGCCAGCCACUGUCGGCGCAUGGGGUGAUUCUCGAGUGGAUCGCCAAGUCGCGUAUUGAGAUCGAUGCCGCGCGCCUGAUUGUCCUCAAUGCUGCGGUCAAGAUCGACCAGGGUGACGCGAAGUCUGCGCUCAAGGAGAUCGCGCAGGCCAAGGUCCUCGCGCCACAGUCCGCGCUUGCCGUCAUCGACCGCGCGGUUCAGGCUUACGGCGCCGCCGGUGUCUGCCAGGAUACGCCGCUUGCCUACCUCUGGGCUGGGAUCCGGACUCUGCGCAUCGCGGAUGGGCCCGAUGAGGUUCACCUGCAGCAGCUUGGUCGUCGGGAGAACCGCUCCCGGAAGGAUGCGGUCACCAAGAAGCUGAACUGGCAACGUGAUGAGGGGGAUCGCCUCCUGAACGCUGCCGGCCUCAAGCCUAAGAGCCGUCUGUGA